CAUCCACUUCAUCAAAGAGGUUGUUUCCUUCAUGGAACUUCUAUUCCGUGUCAAAAGCGACCAGGAAGAUGUUGUUUAUUGAUGAAUGCAGCUCAGGGGCUACGGCCCCGCACUUCCUUAUCCGUUCAUGACGUUCUCGAUCCACCCUCAACCAUCUCCACGCCUUUCACCCUUCACAAUAUCAACAAUGCCUACGUUCUUACCUCAACACAAGCCCCUCGCGGCUCCGACUUCUGGCGGUCGAAAACAGUGGUCACUUGCUUCCACGUGAGAUGACACCUUCCUCACAUACGGCCUUCCACUAUUCAAUUCACCGCCAAAGACCGAUGCCCUCCCAAUUCACCCGUCUCCUCCGACCAGCACCAAUCCUCAGCAUCUUAAGCCUCAUCGCUAUCCCCUUGGUUCUCACCGCCACCAUGUCCAGUUCCACGCUUAAAGCAGCUUCCGCCUCGACCUCCACCACCUAUCCCAUAACCUCAUAUAAACCCCGCCACACCACCUGGCCCUACACCCCCGCGGACUUUCUCCGACAGGACCUCACCCCCGACACCUCCUUCUACUCCUCGCCACGCUUCGUAACCCAUAUCGACGAGCACGCCAUCGCAGCCCUCAAAGCUUACUACGCCUCCGUCCUCCCCCGCCACGGCCGCAUCCUAGACUUCUGCUCAAGCUGGAUUUCACAUUUUCCCCCGUCCCUAGAGUCGGCGGUAGAGAAGGGAGAGCUAGCGGUGGUCGGGAUGGGCUUGAACGCGCGCGAGCUGGAUGCGAACCCCGUUUUGGGCGAAAACGGUGGGCCGGGGCGGAUCAUGAGAGACCUGAACGAGGACCCAGACGUGUCGGUCGCAGUCAACAGCGGGGAGCUGUUCGAUGCCGCGACUUGCGUGGUGAGUAUCGACUAUCUCACGCGGCCGGUGGAGGUGCUACGGAGUUUGGCGGGGGUGGUGAAGCCGGGUGGUAGGGUGCAUUUGGUGGUCAGCAAUCGGUGUUUUCCGACGAAGGCGGUGCGGAGAUGGUUGAGGGUCGAUGAGGAGGAGAGGUUGAUGAUGGUGGGGGAUUAUUUGUAUUUUGCGGGAUGGACGGAGAUUGAGAUUGUGGAUUUGAGCGGAGGGGAGGAAGAGGAGAAGAGCGCGUCGGGGGUUGCAGGGCUGAUGAGGUGGGCGGGGAUGGGAGGGCAUGAUCCGCUAUGGGUUGUUAAAGGGGUUAAGAAGGUUGAUUAGGAGAGGCUGGAAUGGGAGUCAAGAUUCCCCGCCUAGAGAGCUUCGAUAUGAUGUUUUCAGAACUAAAAGGCUGGAAUGGACUUUCCGAUGUGGGAGUUGAGAGCUCAUGUCGAUCCCCAGGAGCUUGGAUUGAAGUCCCCGGAGAGGGAGCACUUACACCUCCGGGAGUUGCUCUCCUUACCCCAGAUACCCAGAACGAGACACGUUAUUCGCAGUAAAAAUUUUAAUAGCCAUUCGUUAAUUGUAGUGUACAGCUGCCCGCAAACGCCUAAACCUCCCAUUG